UAUAUUAUUCACUAUCAAAUAGUUUGAUGGAAAACAACCAAACACGUGUAGCUCACUAAUGUAGCUCACACGCCCCGUGUCUGCGUCAGCAAAAACAAGUCUAUACUUGUCUAUACUGCCGGCACUCUUUGUAAUAAAAUCGAAGGUAUUCUACUGGAAAACUGCAACGCAAACAUUUUUGUAAGUGUGAAAAAGAUAGUAUGUUAUAAAACAUGGUGUUUUUUAAAUUGUCGAUGUUGCAUAUUCAUUAUGUUUUCACAACACGUGGCUACUGCGUAAAGUGCAACGCAAACGUUUGUCGUGCGCACGAGCACCUCACUGUUAAGACUCGGACCAUUCUCAAACAAAACUCUACAAAAUGUCACAAUCGAUCCUGAAUGAAUCUAGUCCAUACGGGUUAGGUACGCCGCAUUCAUUCGACCAGCUGCAGUGCGGACAAGUCUGGUUCGACAGCGAUGUUGAAGAGGUGCGGCCACCAAGCCCAGAGAGAACCAUCACUAAAAAGAAAAGUGUUGCGACCAGACAGUCCAGAAAACGGCGGGCGGAGGAUGACUCCACAACCUCUUACGUGAUGAGCAAAUCACCGCGACCAGGACAUCGGCUCGUGAGAAUUGAGGUUGUGGAUCUGAACAGCAGCACUAGUGACAGUGAGUGUGUGGUGCUAAAAGCACAGUACGUUGUGACGCAUCCGGUAGAUGAAAUAAUAGACAUGACGGAAAACCUCGUGAAAAAAAUAACAAAGACUAUGUGUAGCUCUUAAGUAAUUUUAGGUUUAGUUU